AGAUCAGAAGAUGAAGAGGCCUAGGACUACAUUGAAAUCUUUUUAUGCCCCAGCAACACCCCAAUCCAAUUCAGACCCAAAUCCCUCCACAAACAGCGGGAACCGGAGGUAGUAAUACUCAGCAAGCAGCAGCUGUUGUUGAGGCAGCCAUAGGAGAAACUGGAGCUAGAGCUAGUAACAUUCAAGUUCAACAUGCCCCUAGUACUUGUGAGGCAGCCCCUAGUAUUGUUGAGACAGUGGGGAGUAAUAUUCCACAACCAGAACAAGAACCUCACAAUUCAGAGACAGUUGAGCUUAAUCCGGCUGACAUAGUUGCUGAUCCUGGGCUUAGAAAACCAAUUGAGCAAUUUCAUAUAGACAUUAGAGAUGCUGUUAGAAGGGAAUACUUGUCAAGAGGUCCAUGCCAACCAAUUGGUCAUAAAUAUCCACAGAAGUUAAUGGGAAAUCGACAAAGAAGCUUUCAUGACUCGUGGUUCAAAAUGCAUAAUUGGUUGGAGUAUAGUAUUGCCAAAGAUGCAGCAUUCUGUUUUUAUUGUUAUCUUUUCAAGCAACCAAGACCUGAUAAUUUUGGUGUUGAUGCUUUCACAAGUAAGGGCUUUACUAAUUGGAAACAUGCAACUGGAUCUUUUAAUGAACAUGUUGGUAAAGUAGAUAGUUUUCAUAAUAGAGCUAGAAAACAUUGUGAGGAUUUCAAAAAUCAAAGGCAAAGUGUAUCAUAUAAGAUGGAUAGUGGAUCUAAGAAGUUAGAGCAACAAUAUUAUGGUCGUAUAACUAUGAUAUUGGGUGUUGUGAGAUUUCUUUUAUUGCAAGCACUUGCUUUUCGUGGUCAUGAUGAAUCUCAUGGAUCUAGCAAUAAGGGGAACUUUCUAGAGAUGAUAGAAUGGUACAAGGAGAAGGAUAAAGAUGCCCAAAAAUUACUUGGAAAUUCUCCUGGGAAUCAUCUAUUGACUUCACCAAAAAUACAAAAGCAUUUGUGCAAGGCUUGUGCAAAUAAGACAACUAAAGCCAUUCUAAAGGAUAUUGGUGAGAGAAAUUUCGCCAUUCUUGUUGAUGAGUCUCGAGAUGCAUCUAUUAAAGAGCAAAUGGCUGUUAUUUUGAGGUACAUCAACAGCAAAGGGCAGGUGAUUGAGAGAUUUCUUGGGGUUGAACAUGUUCCUGAUACAACAUCAGUUGCACUGAAAAUAGCUUUGGAUGCCAUGAUUGUUAGUCAUGGUUUAUCUAUGCAUAAAGUGAGAGGGCAAGGAUAUGAUGGCGCAUCAAACAUGAGAGGUGAAUUUCAUGGGCUGCAAAGACGGGUAUUGGAUGAAAACCCCUAUGCCUUUUAUAUUCAUUGUUUUGCCCAUCAGUUGCAGCUAGUGGUUGUGUCUGUUGCAAAAUGUUGUUCUCCUGUCUCAGAUUUCUUUAACUAUACCCCCAUGAUUGUUAACACUGUCAAUGGUUCUUGUAAGAGACAUGAUCAGCUGGCCCAAGAACACCAUGAUAAUCUUGUGAGUAGUUUAGAGACUGGGGAGAUAUUUUCAGGAAGAGGGAAAAACCAAGCAACUAACCUUGCAAGACCUGGGGAUACUCGGUGGGGUUCACAUCACAAAACCUUGUGUCGUUUGCAGCACAUGUGGAAAGCAGUCCUAGAGGUAUUAGAAAAUAUAUGUGAGGAUAACCCCACUACAAAAAUAACUGCUACAGGUUUGCUAAAACAGAUGGAGAGCUUUGAAUUUGUGCUUAUCAUGCACCUAAUGAUUAGACUAUUGGGUAAAACUAAUGAUCUGUCACAAUGCUUGCAAAAGAAAGACCAAAAUAUUAUUCGUGCUAUAGGAUUGAUUGGGACCACAUUGCAAAAAAUUAACCACAUAAGGCAGCAUGGUUGGCAAGAACUCUUUGAAGAGACAAAGACAUUUUGUCUCAAGUAUAACAUCAUUGUGCCAGAUAUGUCAGAUACAACUACUACUAGGGGUCGUUCAAGGGGUCGUGGAGGUCAAUUGAUAACUUACCAACAUCAUUUCAAUAAUGAAAUCUUUAAUGUGGUACAUGACCAGCUUAUUGUGGAGUUAAACAAUCGGUUUGCUGAGAGAUCUACCCAGUUAUUGAGAUGCAUUGCUUGUCUUGAUCCUAGGAAUUCUUUUGCCAAUUUUGAUGAAGAUAAGUUAAUUGAGCUUGCUAGAAUGUAUGCUGCCGACUUCUCUCCAUAUGAUUGCAUAGUCCUAAAGGACCAACUUGAGACAUUUAUAGCUGAUGUGAGAGCAGACCCACAUUUCCUAAGUUGCAGUGACCUUGGUAAUCUUGCAAUGAAGAUGGUUCAGAGUGAUAGACAUACAGUUUUUCCUUUGGUUUAUCGGCUCAUUGAAUUGGCUUUGAUUUUGCCGGUGGCAACAGCAACAGUUGAAAGGGCUUUUUCAGCUAUGAAUAUCAUCAAAACUGAGUUGCGGAAUAAAAUGGCUGAUGAAUGGCUCAAUCAUCGCGUGGUCUGCUAUAUUGAGAGAGACAUAUUUGCAAGCAUUGAUAAUGAUAAGAUAUUAACUCAUUUUCAAGAAUUGAGAACCAGAAAGAUGAAGCUACCUCUCCCUAGUGGAUCAAGAUCUGGAGCUACAAUUGAAGAAUUCAAUGAGGAUGAUAUAGACUCCGAGGAAGAUAACACGUAGCAAGGUAUUUGAAAAUGUAUUUGUACUUCUUUUUCGCACCGCAACUAAAUUUGUACCAUACAUUUUGAUCGUGCAUUAGUAUUAGUAGCAAACUAGCAAUGUAGCAUCUAUUAUUGUAUCAUUGUGUGCGGUGGCAAUAAGAUUUGGCCCCGGGCUUAGCAAAAUCCUGGGUCCGCCACUGGCGUCUCUGUCCAUAUAUACAGCUACAUAUGCCAGACACGAAAAGAGAUAUGUUAUAUCAAAUAAAGAUUCGGCAUAAUUUAUCUUUGCUUUUACUGCUAACAGUUAUUACUUCUGUACAUACAUCCUUUGGAUUGCGCAAUUGAGGCCGAAUUUCUCCUCGAAAAAGCUUCUCUGUAGGAACACAAUUUCUCCUGGAAAAAACUUCUUUGUAGGAACACACAUGGCACUAGCUGUUGAUGCAUCAAAUCCAAGAGAUCCUGCAUAGCUAUGGGCCUAUGGCUCAGUGAAGCUUUAAGCUCCAUUGCCUUUUUGGUAUUUAUUAUUUUUAAUCAAUUUUAUUUUUUCAUUUUACUACAAAUAUAAUUACAUAUAUUUUCAGUAUGGUUUAUUCAAUUCGUGAGUUAAAAAUUUACUGCAUUGGAGUUGUAUGUUCAAAAUUUUUAAGUCGUUAGUCAUAAAUAUUUUUAGCAUGCUAAUUGCUAUAAACUUAUAUUUUUAUCUAGCAAUUUCCGCAGCAACACGCGGGGUAUCAUCUAGUUACAAUUAAAUAUCAGACAUACUUGAAAAAAAACAUAACAAAACUCUGAAUUUGUGAUGUUCU